CGUGGCGUGCUGACAUGUUUAAAUUUUGCAACGUAGACAUGCCAAAUGUCUAAUUUGUGUGAAUCAGACUCUCCUUUAUUAUAUUAAAGGAUUUUCAUCCAGGUCAGGGCAGUCCCAAAUCUCAACCCUUACACAAAUGGCCUCCUCUGCUACUGCCUCCAUUUCUUCCAUCGUCUCCGGCAAGAAAAAUGUGGGGCUCUCAGCUUUCUCCUCUCAGCUACCCAUCUCUGUUCAAACAGCCCGGAGAAAGUUUUGCAAUAGAACUGUGUCCGUUAUGGCACCACACCAAACGGGACAUUCCCCUGCUGCCACAGGCUCGGUGAAGACGGAUAUGACCAUGACUGAGAAGAUUUUGGCAAAGGCUUCGCAGAAGUCUCACUUGAUCCCGGGUGAGAAUGUCUGGGUGAAUGUUGAUGUUCUGAUGACCCACGAUGUCUGUGGACCAGGUUCUAUUGGGAUUUUCAAGAAAGAGUUUGGGCAAGAUGCUAAGGUAUGGGAUCGUGAAAAGGUUGUUAUCAUACCUGAUCACUAUAUAUUUACAACGGAUGAAAGAGCUAACCGUAAUGUGGAUAUCUUGAGGGACUUUUGCACUGAGCAAAGUAUUAAGUAUUUCUAUGACAUUAAGGAUCUUGGAGAUUUCCGGGCCAAUCCAGAUUACAAAGGUGUCUGCCAUGUUGCUCUUGCCCAAGAGGGUCAUACCAGACCUGGAGAGGUGCUGAUAAGGAUGAUUGCAAUGUACUUCCAUUAUGACAUGCCACAUCCCUGCAUAAUGCAGGUUCCUCCGACUUUGAGAUUUGUGAUGGAUGGUGAAAUGCCUGAUUACUUGCUAGCUAAAGAUUUAAUUUUGCAAAUUAUUGGUGAGAUUUCUGUAGCUGGUGCAACAUAUAAAGCAAUGGAGUUUGUUGGCACAACAGUUGAAAGCUUGACAAUGGAAGAAAGAAUGACUCUAUGCAACAUGGUUGUUGAAGCUGGUGGAAAGAAUGGUGUUAUCCCAGCAGAUAGUACAACUUAUGAGUAUCUUGAGGAAAGGACUUCUGUCCCAUAUGAACCUGUUUACAGUGAUGCACGAGCCAGGUUUCUUUCAGAGUACAGAUUUGAUGUAUCAAAGUUGGAGCCUUUAGUGGCAAAGCCUCAUUCCCCUGAUAACCGUGCCUUAGCAAGAGAAUGCAAAGAUGUCAAAAUUGACAGAGUUUACAUUGGAUCUUGUACUGGUGGAAAAACAGAGGACUUCAUGGCUGCUGCCAAAGUUUUUCUAGCUGCGGGGACAAAAGUAAAAGUCCCAACCUUUCUUGUUCCUGCUACUCAAAAGGUCUGGAUGGAUGUAUACAGCCUCCCAGUUCCAGGAUCGGGCGGGAAAACGUGUUCCCAGAUUUUUGAGGAAGCUGGUUGUGAUACGCCAACAAGUCCUAGUUGUGGGGCUUGUUUGGGGGGGCCCAGAGACACUUAUGCACGCAUGAAUGAACCUCAGGUAUGUGUCUCAACAACAAACAGAAACUUUCCCGGUCGAAUGGGACACAAGGAGGGACAGAUAUAUCUCGCGUCUCCAUUUACUGCUGCAGCAUCUGCGCUGACAGGUUUUGUCACCGAUCCCAGAGAAUUUUUACAGUAAUGCCCUUCAUAGAACUCGUAUGGAUCAUCAGAUCGUACACAAUCUGGUCUGAUAAUUUCUGGGAAAGGCGUUCGCUUUCUGUUUUUACGUGCCUUGAGCUUUAAAAAAGUAUGUUCUAGGAUGUAGCCAGGGUUAGUGCUGUUGAGCUAUAACUAGACCUUAUCACAACUUUGAUAUUUUCCCACUGUAUAACAAAAGUUUGACUUGUACUGCACUCCAAACAAUAAUAAGUUGCUUUCAGGAGAAGCUAAGUGAUCUUUUAAAAUCGCUUUGCUAAGUAUUGGCGU